GCUGAAGCAACAGUCAUCUCUGACAGGAAGUCAAAUGCUACACAUCGAUACAAAUGCUAAAACUACUUCAGCAAUCAAAUUCUGGACUUUAAGGGGCUUUCCAAUAUUUUCACCAUCACAUUCAUGACUUGUAAUCACAUAAAAAAGAAUGCACCAGGCACUGUGUCUGAAGACCCUUCUCCUGCUGUCAUUUGGAGGAUAUGUCUUCUCCCAGGAUCAAUGUACAAAAGCCUCAGUGAGUACGUGUGAUGACUGUAUCAAGUCCGGACCAGCCUGUGCCUGGUGCCAAGAACUGAAUUUUACCAAGCCUGGGGAGCAGGAAGCAGUACGAUGUGACACAAGGACAGUGCUUCUGGGAAAAGGUUGCCUAGAGACAAAUAUUGUCAGCCCCAGGAGCAAUCAUAAGAAGGAUAAAGACAGACCACUGUCUGGGGGCCAACACCAGAAAGAUCCAGUUCAAAUACAACCCCAAGAGAUCACACUUGAGUUAAGACCAGGUCACCCAUUCACGUUCGAGUUUAAGUUUCAAAGGGCAGAGGGUUACCCAGUUGAUCUGUAUUAUCUGAUGGAUCUGUCCUACUCAAUGGGAGAUGAUUUGAAGAAUGUGAAAAACCUGGGGAUACAGUUACUUAACAAACUGAAAAGUAUCACUGGACAUGCAAGAAUAGGCUUUGGCUCAUUUGUUGAUAAGACACUUCUCCCAUUCACGGACACAAAUGAAGAGAAACUGAAAAAGCCAUGUCCACCCAAAGAAAAGGACUGUCAGCCAGCAUUUGGCUUCCAGCAUGUCCUCAAUCUGACAGAGGAUGCAGAAUUAUUCACUACUAUGGUCUCUAAGCAGAACAUAUCUGGCAACCUGGACACUCCAGAGGGAAGUCUGGAUGCCAUCAUGCAAGCUGUCACCUGUGUGGACCAGAUCGGCUGGGGGAACAGCACACGGCUGCUUGUGCUGGCGACCGAUGCCGGCUUCCACAUGGCUGGAGAUGGGAAGCUUGCUGGCAUUCUAGAACCCAACAAAGAAACCUGCCAGCUGGACGGAAACAUGUACAGCAAGAGCAACAUUUGGGAUUACCCAUCUGUUGGCCAGAUAGCCAGAAAGUUGGAGAAGCAAAACAUACAGCCUAUUUUUGCUGUCACAGAGAACGUGGCAGAUGUGUACACUGAACUGAGCAAACUGAUUCCUAAGUCUGCUGUUGGAGUACUAAGUGCUGAUUCAAGCAAUGUGGUCAACCUAAUUGUGGAGGCAUAUAAUAAACUGUCCUCCAGUGUAAUUAUGACCCAUGAUGUGCUUCCUGAAGACAUAACAGUAAAGUACGCGUCUGACUGUGAAACAGGUGAUAAGAAGGAAACCUGCAAUGGUGUCACCAUAGGAAAGAAGGUGACAUUUAACAUAACCGUGAAAGCAGAGUCAUGCAUAGACACAAAGUCUUUCAACAUUGGCCCCAUGGGCUUUCGGGAGAGACUGAAGGUCAAUGUUAAAACACGAUGCAAGUGCGAGUGUGAUAACAGGAUGUCCUUGCAUGAACACUGUAAUAACCGUGGCAGUGUCAUCUGUGGCACAUGCAGAUGCCAGGGAGGCUUCUUGGGACAACGUUGCGAAUGUAGCCUUGGUGAGAAGGACGAGGCUACACUGAAGGCACAGUGCCGCAAAGACAACGGCACAGAGUGCGAGGGUCGCGGAGAAUGUGAGUGUGGGGUGUGCAAGUGCCACCUUACCGAAGGAGGCCAAUAUUACUACGGCUCUCACUGCGAAUGUGAUAACGAGCACUGCGAGAAGUACCAGAACAAGCUGUGCGGAGGCAAUGGUAAUUGCCGCUGUGGUGUGUGUGAGUGUUUUGAGGACUUUGAGGGAUCAGCAUGUCAGUGCAGGAAAUCCAAUGAUGCUUGUACCACAAGUGGAAGCGAUUGCCAUGGACGUGGCAAGUGUGUGUGCAACCAGUGUGUUUGCAUGCGGGAAUACAAGGGACCCAAAUGUGAAAAAUGUCAUACUUGCCAACUGCCAUGCCAGAAGUCUGGGAGCUGCAUUGAAUGUCUAGCCUUUGGAACAGGAUCAUUUGCGAAGAACUGCUCAAAAUCUUGUUCCCACCUUCAACACGAAAUGAAUGAGAAAUUGAUAAAUAAUGACUGUCGAGUAAAAGACCAUGAAGGCUGUUGGAUGUUCUUCUCCAUGACUGAAAAAGAUGGAUUUGACAAGUAUUCUGUCAAAAUUCUCAAGGAGAGAGAAUGUCCUGAGGGGCCCAAUGUAGCAGCCAUCGUGGGUGGUUCACUGGCAGCUGUGGCACUGAUUGGAUUUCUACUACUCCUUAUCAUCAAGGGUUUUAUUUAUGUAAAAGAUCUCAAAGAGUGGAGAAAUUUUGAAAAGGAAAAGCAGCGCUCUCAAUGGGCAAAAGGUGACAAUCCAUUAUUCCAAAAAGCAACCACAACUGUUGCAAAUCCAGCAUUUACUGGAGACUCCUAAAGCAGUUGUAGAACACUGCAGGGAAACUGAGCUAUGCAUAUGAAAUCCACCAGAGAUGCCUACUGUGCGAGCUGUGACGUCUGUGAACAAUCCUCAAGGAUGUGGACUAUUAUCUGAGCCAGGUGAUCGAUGCUCUGCUUUAAACACCUUAGCCAGAUGAUCACCUGGGCAAGGGAGUCGACCUCUACAGGCUUCAACUGCCUCUGGAGACAUGACCUGGAAACCUCCUGAGGACUGGAUUAAUAUGUGACAGUGCAAUUAUAUUUUUCGAAUCCCUUGUUACAUUUGCAAGUGUUUUUAUCAUGACUGCUUGCUUUGCCAGUCUUUCAAUGUACAAUGAAUAGUCAUAUCAAUGUAUAAUUGUACAAAGUUGAAGAUACAAUCUAAAUAAACAUAUUUCUUGGCUAAUAUA